GGGCCAUCUUCCCUCCCCGUUCACAGGUCGCCUUGAGUAUGUGCUGGCGGAGUCGCGCUCCCCAACCGAGCUGCAGGCUCCAGGACUGCUGCCAAACCCACAUGGGCCGACCCUUCAGCCAUCAGGUUUCUCCGUGAGCAGAGAUCCGGUUUACGAGCGCCAGCCACUCGCGAUGCCGUACGGGCUGCCGAGUGGAGAUGGGCGCGUGGCUUCUUCCCUCUGGCCAGCCAAGACUACACCAGGACCCGAGUUCCCGGAGGCAACGUUUCACCAAAAGUUUUCCCACUUGGAUUUCAAUGCCGAUCGGGACAGACGGUGGCCGUCGUCAAGCUUCAGCUACCGGAUGGAGGCGCUGGACCAGCCGCCCAUGCCUUUGCCAGGAAGCUUCCCUGGCAAGCCCUUCACGUUGCUUAUCUUUGACUGGGAUGACACGUUGAUGUGCAGCUCCGCGAUCAACGCCAACGAGUUCCUGCCGCAUCAGUACAACCAGCUCGAGAGCCUCGUGGAGCAGGUGCUUCUGGCGGCCAUGCGCCUUGGGGAGACCUGCAUCGUGACCAACGCAGAUGAGAUGUGGGUCACCGAGAGCGCACGGCGCUACAUGCCACGUGUGCUUCCAAUACUGUCGCGCAUGUCCGUCGUGUCGGCACGACGGCGAUUCGAGCGCACCUGGCCUGGUGACGUGUUUGCUUGGAAGCGGGAGGCGUUUCGCCAGGUCUUGUCGUCCUGGCAGGCGAAUGCGCUUGCUUCUGGGGGCAUGCACCUCAGCCGACGGCUCAGAGGUCCUUGUGGCUCAGAGUUGGAUGUGGUUUCUGGGUAUGCUUUGCCAGUUGUUCUCGGCGACUCCGUGGUCGAGAUGGAAGCACACACCUCCUCUGUGGGCCUGGUCUCGCCAACGGCCGUGAAGACGGUAAAAUUCAAGGAGGUUCCCACCGUCGAGGAGCUGCUCGAGCAGCUGACAAUGCUGAAUCAGGAGCUCGCUUCCAUCGUCGCAGACGACCGGAGCGGCUACAGGAGUUUGGCAACCAGGCUCUCCGGAUUUGGAGCUGCGCUGCUCGGCUCCAGAGAUCCCUCCGAGACUCCAGCAGAGCAUUUCCUGCUAGCGCCCGUGGAAGGUGCCUCUCUCCGUGCCGUGAGCUGGGUGUUGCCGUCUCUGAAGCUCGACACGUCUGCUUUCGCCUUUUGGCAAGAGCAGUUCGCCUAG